AUGCCACCAUAUGACAGCGAGUCAUCAGACGAGGGCGAGGACUACACUGAGACCAAUGUGCUCCUCGGUUACGCCACCAAGGAAGCCACUGGAGAUGCGGUUUCUCACCUUGGGGGCGCGCCUAGCUGGAUAGACGAUACAACCGCUCCCUCGGGCGCACUCGCCAAGUGCAAAGUGUGCAACGGCCUUCUUUCCCUACUACUGGAACUCAAUGGCGACCUCCCCGACCAAUUCCCAGGCCAUUCACGGCGGCUAUAUAUCUGGACAUGUCGGCGUAAGGCAUGUCGUAGGAAGGAUGGCAGCGUGAGAGCCAUACGUGGUGUGCGUAUUGCCAAGGGAGCCGGCAGUAAAUCCACCCCAAAAACCGACAAGAAGGAACCUGUCAAGGUGGAUGAGCAGCCCCAGCCCAAGAUCGGACAGUCGCUGUUUGGUGUCAAGAGCGGUACUAGCAGUACAGCGACGCCUGCGAAUCCCUUUUCGAACCCAUUCGCUGCACAGUCGAAUGGUGCUGCGCUAUCGAACCCAUUCUCCUCGAAACCAGCCAAUGCGAACCCCUUCGGCACUCCUGUGCCACCUGCUGUCAAAGUCACAUCUGAAGACACGCCAGAAGAGAGGCAGGACGAGGCAUCGACCACAUUCCCUGAGACAUUCGCCUCCAAGGUCCGCCUAAACUCACUCUCCCAUACCGAACAACCCCCCCGCCCUCAGGAACCAUGGCCAGCAGAGUCAGCAUUCCCUACAGUCUUUCCUCACUACCACCUCGACGCCGACUAUGAAACGCUCGACGCACCGUCGACACCUGCGAUACCAGACAACGCGCGAAUGGACAUUGAUACCGAAGGAAGUGGAAGCGGAGGAGGAAAGGAAGACAAGGAAGUCUACGAGAGCUCUCUAGACAAGACGUUCCAGAAAUUUGCAGAUCGCAUCGGCGAAAACCCUGAGCAAGUCCUACGCUACGAGUUUAAGGGUAAACCCCUCCUCUACAGCGACAGUGACGCGAUUGGCAAACUUCUGGGCCCGCAUUCUGAAAAUGGACCGUCCUCUCACGCGAAGAUCACUACCACAGGCUCGCGUGGAGGAGCAGGCAUGCCUCGCUGUCAGAACUGUGGUGCAGAUCGCGUCUUCGAGGUCCAGCUCACACCGCAUGCCAUCACCGAGUUGGAAGCUGAAGAAAUGAGCCUCGACGGCAUGGAGUGGGGCACCAUUAUCAUGGGCGUAUGCAGCAAAGACUGCAAACCCAGCGACGUCUCAGAAGGUGGAGUAGGCUAUCUCGAGGAAUGGGUGGGCGUUCAGUGGGAGGAAGUCGCACCGAAGAAAUAA